AUGUCGAGACUUACACGAACUUUGUUGCUGGCCUCCAGCCUGGCAUCUGGCGCAGCAGCACAGAACGGGACCCAAGGCGAGGGCCUACAUUCACUGAUGGUGGCGGCGGGCAAACUCUAUUUCGGCACCGCCAUGGAGACAAACAACUUCGACGACGCCGCCUACCAGGCCAUCGCAACCAACAAAAACGAGUUCGGCAUGUUCACGCCCGAGAACUCGCAGAAAUGGGAAGUGACAGAACCCACACAAAACGACUUCUCCUUCACCCAAGCAGACAGCAUCGCGGAAAGGGUCCUGUCCAACGGCCAACUCUUCCGCUGCCACACCCUGACAUGGCACUCCCAACUCCCCCCUUUCGUCGCCAACGGCACCUGGACCCCCGAAACCCUGACCGCCGUCCUCACCGCGCACAUCACCACCGUGAUGCAGCACUACGCGGGCCAAUGCUACGCCUGGGAUGUCGUCAACGAAGCGCUCAACGAAGACGGCAGCCUCCGCUCCUCCCCCUUCCUCACCACCCUCGGCGAGGCCUACAUCCCGCUCUCCUUCACCAUCGCCGCGCAAGCCGACCCCUCCACAAAGCUCUACUACAACGACUUCAACCUGGAGACCACCCCGCCCAAAACCGCCGCCGCCCUCUCCCUUGUCCGCGCCGUCCAGUCCGCCGGCGCCCCCAUCCACGGCGUCGGCUUCCAAGCCCACCUCAACGUGGGGCAGACCCCCUCGCGCGCCGACCUCGCCGCCAUCCUAACCAGCUUCACCGCGCUCGGGGUCGAGGUGGCGUACACGGAAUUAGACAUCGCGCACGUGGCGCCGGCGCUGCCUGCCGAUGAGGCGGGGAACGCGCAGCAGGCGGAGGACUAUGCGGCCGUGGUGGGGUCGUGUCUGGACGUGGAGGCGUGUGUCGGGGUCACGGUGUGGCAGUUUACGGAUCGGUACAGCUGGGUGCCGAGCACGUUUCCGGGGAAGGGGGAGGCGUGUUUGUGGACGGAAGGGUACGAGAAGAAGGUGGCGUAUGAGAGGGUGGUGGGGUUGUUGAGGGAGGCUGCGGUUGUUGAGGGGGGUGGUGGUGGUGCUGGGGGUGGUGCCGGGGAUGGGAGUGGGAGUGGGAAUGGGAGGUGGGGGAAAUGGGUUGACUUUUUCAGGGGCAAGUUGGAAUAUGUCAUGUUUGAUGCAUACACCCCCAGACCAUGA